ACGACCUCACCGCCGGGAAGAACCCCUUCGCAGACCAUACCCAACAAGACAGAUAGUUUCCUUGAAGAGCGAGGCACCUGCAAGUUUUGUACUAGGCCGAAGCCUACUUCAUCUACAUAUGAGGGCUGUGGAGAGACAAUUUCAGCAGACCAUAUCGAAUUGCGAAGUUUUCUUUGGAAGUUGAGUCUCUCAUCUCACGUCAACAAGAGAAGCAAAUUACCCCUAAAACUACCCGUGUUGGUAUUGUGGAAUGUUGAGGGACAUUAAAUGUUUGCAAAUCGACAGUUUACCCGGUUCCAUUCCAAAAUCCAGCUUUUCACAAGAAGACUCCGUGCGCAACGUACCGGCUUCACCAACUUGAGUAGCGGCGCCAAAUCUCCUCAUUCGAACCGGAAACCACGACACGGCCCAGCCAAGAGUAACAGCUUCGAAGCCAGUGAAAGAUAUCACUAUACUCUACGAACAAUAUACCAGGGCUGGGUUCAGUGUGGGUGUUGUGAGAGAUGCCGCUUGAGGCUUCACUCGCUACCCCAACCCCUUUCUCCCCGCGGCUACACCAAACUCGCAACUAUAAGGAAGCACUACAAUGAGUCCCGCUCGAGAAUCCUUCGGAAUGGUAGCCUAGAUCUUUUUUUCCAUUGCCGCGAUAUCCUCUGCUGGAAGCUCUUAGUGCUUACGACAGGGAUGCUACAAGCUACCUUCUCGGCUGAGCAUGAACGCCAACACUUUCGCACGGCAACCCGAACAGGAGGAGAUACCAUCCCGAAUCUCUUUAUCCGCAUCACACACUUGUCGUUGUUCCCCUUUUUACUGCGCAUAUGUUUAAGUUCGGGCUUCGCUUUCAAAUAUCCUUUCUAUAACCCUUCUAAGUCGAGACUUCAUUUAAUUCUUUGUAUCCUUCUCAGAAACCGCGUGAUACUUGGCUCAAUUGGCUUUGCAUUGCCUUCUUAACUGCCUCUUAAUCGGCGUCACCGGCCUCAAAGGGUCAAGUCAGAUCCUCGGUUUCUAUCAACACGAUCUAUUUAUCCUCUAUAUCUGUUCUCAAUAUUCGAGCCUUGCUGCAUCCCCUUCAUUAAUAUAGAAGUGAAGCACGAGGACUUACAACGAGGCAACUACGAGAUAACAAGCUUCUUUCUCUGCGACCUUGUAUCUGCCGGGAUAACGGGUGACGAUAAAGAGGAAUCGGUUUACAGAAUGUAGACAUGGAAACGAGAGAAUUAUUGCAGAAAA